GACGCUGGCUCUUCCCUGGUGAGGCGUCAGUAUUUACACGAGUGUUUCCUGAAGCCUUUCGCACGCUGUUGUCCAGCGCGCGCAUGGCUCGGCGUUUGCGUGAAUAUAUAUUUCAUCCAUAACGAGGCUCGUGAGCGCGAGCUCGUACAAUCUGGGCGCUGCUUCCUAUGAUGCCGCCGCGUGCACUGCAGUGGUGCGCAGCUUUGCUCGGAGCAACACCCGCGCGCCUCUCCUCUCCGACGGCCAUGGAUGCUGAGUAGAGAACGGUCGACCCACGGCGCAGUGUCUGUCUGCAUUUGUCUGAAACAGCGAGCAGCAGCAGAACAGCAUCAUGCCAGGAGAAGCCGUCCCUCGUCGCAGAGCGCUGAAAUGUUAGGCCUGAGGAGCGAGCGCGUUAAAUCACAUCGGCAGGCUGUUUACAUCAGAGCGGGCCAGGAGAGCUGCUCCAUAACACCCUGCGUGUGGUUUCAGGCCCCUUUCUAUCACACUCAACACGAGACGCAUUAACUCAUCCUUCAUCAGGACUUUUAUAUUUUUCCAUCACUUCAGGGGAGCAGGAGGAGUAUGGAGUGGUCACUGGAGAGUGUGAGGGAGAUGGUGGCUGGUGGGAUGCAGUCUGUGAGGGAGUGUGAGGUCUGCGCGUUUGUCACAGUCAUGUGCGUGCUGGUGCUGUUUAUGUGGUACUGUUACAGGGUGGGCCGCGAACACGGUUCCAGCCCUCUGCGUGGGAGGUAUUUGAGUGGGUCCAGUCGGAUAGGAGGGGUGGUUGGGGGCUUCAUGAGUUCAGACUGUCGGGGCAGGGGGAAAGGGAAGCACGGCUCAAUGCUGGAGGAGCAGAAUGGCUUUGCUUUCUGCCAGUCGUCGGAGUGUUUCCGCUGUACCAGCGCAGGCGAGAGCCUCAACCAGAAGCUCUAUCACAGCCUGCAGGAGUACGCCAAGCGCUACACCUGGUCAGGUAUGGGGAGGGUGCACAAGGGAGUUCGUGACCAGGGACGGUACCUCAACAGCCGACCAACGAUCCAGCGACCGGAAGUCUUCUUCCUCCCCGACCUGCCGUCGGCCCCUUUCUUCUCCAGAGAAGUGCAGAGGCAUGACGUGGAGCUGCUGGAGCAGAGCUUCCCUGCACUUCUGGCUGAGUUUGAGAGCAUCUACCACCAACCUCCAGCCCGCAGCGGCUCCUCCCUCCCGCCGGGGUGGAAAGCAAACAGUACUCCUCGAGGGCAGUGGUGGACCUACUACCUGGUGAACCAAGGCACUCCUCUGGUUCUAAAUGUCCGGAGAUGUCCGCGGGCCUGGCGGGUGCUGGGCCAGCUGCGCACCUUCAUCGCCAACAACGUUUUCGGAAACGCCUGCUUCUCCGUGCUGACGCCUGGGGCGCUCAUCACCGAGCAUUACGGGCCGACUAAUGUCAGGCUGCGCUGCCACGUGGGACUCAGAGUGCCUCCAUCCUGUGAGCUUGUAGUUGGUGGAGAGCCACAGUGCUGGUCUGAGGGCAGCUGUCUGCUUUUUGAUGAUUCCUUCCUCCACAGGGCUUUCCAUGAGGGCAGUUCAGAAGAUGGCCCCAGGGUGGUCUUCAUGGUGGACCUGUGGCACCCCAACGUGGCCGCUGCCGAGAGACAAGCCUUGGACUACAUUUUCACUCCAGGCCGCUUAGAGGACAAAGAAGGGAAAUAGGUGUGUGAGAACCAUGUCCGAGCAGGGGACGGAUAGCAUUAAGAUACGUGUCUGUAGUGUUAGGGAGCAACACUUUCCUGCCUCCAGACCAGCUUUCACUGUGUGCAUCUUCUCCAGCUCGCACAGUGUUGCUCCCAACUCUUCUUAGCAGACGACCAAACAUUGGGCCUCUUUUAUCACCUGCUUUUAUUCUAUAGCUGUGAAAUGCAUCCAUGCAUUUGAUCAGAGCACUGUAAGUACACAAUUGUCCACACAGCUUAAAAAUGGCACCCUUCUGCCAAAUCUUUCUUUUGGUUUUUAAUUUAAAUGUACAAAAUGACACAUUAGGCAGGCAGGGUAAGGGUACACCUUCAGCGCAGAUUAUCAUUUAUUAUUUUUAAACACCUAGAAUAGGGAUGCAC